AUGGCUCAUGUAGCCGGUUUGCUUGCCUCGGCUGUGGUCUCAGCAGUGGGCAAUAAGCUGGGUUCCGCCAUUGGGGAUGAGGUCACGAUGCUGUGCAGUUUCAAGGACGACCUCAAGGACAUGAAGGACACGUUGCAGUACAUGGAGGCGGCGCUCAAGGAUGCUGAGAGGCGGUCUGUCACGGAGGAGUUGGUGCGGCUGUGGCUCAACCGGCUCAAGAACGCUGCCUAUGAAAUCUCUUACAUGCUCGAUGAGUUGCAAGCUGACAGUGAACCAGCCUCCAGAAAGAUGAUUGGGAAGCUAGACUGUUUUGCUAUUGCACCCAAGAUUACCAUGGCUUAUAAGAUGAAGAAGAUGAGAGGUCAGCUGAGGAAGAUCAAAGAGGAUCACGAGAGUUUCAAAUUCAUACAUGAUAACUCCAGUCUAAUUAGUGUGCACCAGUUUCCUGAUCCACGGGAAACAACAUCAGAUGUGAUUGAAUCACUCAUCAUAGGGAGAGACAAAGACAGGGUGAAUGUUCUUUCUUUGUUAUCCACAAGCAGCAACAAAGAAGAUAUCACAAUUCUUCCUGUUUGUGGGCUUGGAGGCAUAGGAAAGACAACAUUGGCACAACUGGUCUUCAAUGAUGCUCAGUUCAAAGAGUAUGACCAUCGGGUAUGGGUCUAUGUAUCCCAGGUGUUUGACAUGAAAAAAAUAGGGAACUCCAUAAUUUCUCAAGUAGAAAAAUGA